AUGGCUCGUACUCAAGGUGCAUCUUCACAUCGAGGAGAGAGUUUCUCAGAGGGUGAGAGGAGGAGACCUACUGCUUCUGCUUGUAGAAGACGUGGAGAAACUGAGUCUAAUGUUCAGGUUGAGGACAAUGGAGAUGUGAGGUUUCAUGAGGAUGCAGUUGAGGAUCAUGCAUCUGAGGAGCAUGAUAUUGAGCAGGAGGAGGAGCAUGAGGAUGUUCCUGAAGGUGGAUUUCCUACCGCUUUAGUAUUGACACAUUACAUUCACCAUGUUGCUUAUGCAAUAUGGCAGGGUCGGGGGGAGAUCAAGUUGAUCUCCCAUAGAAAAAAGUUAAACAGAUUAGGAUCCUGCCACGAGGGCAUUAGAUACAUCGUUUAUGGUUCCAGUCUGAUGUCUCUGGUGGGCAUCUCAUAUGACUACGUCAAUAGGGGUCUACUACUGGCAUUUGUAGAGAGAUUUCAUUUCGAGACCAGCAGUUUCCAUUUCCCCGUGUGUGAGAUGUCUGUGACUUUAGAUGAUGUGUCAUCCUUGUUGCACCUCCUAGUUUUAGGCCAGUUAUGUAAUCUGGAGGAAGUAGAUUUUGAAGAAAGUCGACGCGCCAUUGUGGAACUUUUAGGCAUGGAUGGCGGGAGAGUUGGUGUUGAGUUAAAUGCAACUCACGGUGUGAUAGUCAGAUUGAGCUGGCUUCGAGACAUCUAUGUUGAGCAUUGUAAGCAACAGAACUAG